UUGUGACUGUGUUUGAUUGAGAGGGAUUGUUCAGACAUGGGAGCAGGGUCAGAACAGUGAAGGGAUGUGGGUGAGGAGUAGGUGGUGUAUGGCGCUCAUUCAUUAUUCAUAAGCUGGGUAGGCAUGAGUGUAAGUGGCAGUGACAGAAACUCUAUUACUGAAGUGUAUCAACUCCUCUAGGGUUCUUGACCUGAUUUUUGAGGCUUUAAUUGGUAUACUGCACAAACAAGAAUAAUUUGGAUUUAUCGCUGCAUUGGGGAAGCCACAGAGAUGGGGAGGAGAGAGCGCUGAUUUGACUUUGAAUGAGAGAGAUGGGGAGACUGGUCGAACCAGCGCUGCUGCUGCUUCUAUGGCACAGUGUUUGGGGUUUUGACGUCCCUCUGGAAGUGAGGCAGCCCCCAACCAUCAUAAGGCAGUCAGUGAAGGAUCAUAUUGUAGACCCUAAGGACACCAUGGUCAUAGAAUGUGAAGCCAAAGGAAACCCUCACCCUAUUUUCUCAUGGAGGCGUAAUGGGAAAUACUUGAACGUGGCACGUGACUCUCAAACAUCGAUGCGCAGGCGCUCAGGGACGCUGGACAUCUAUGCCUGGAACAAUCCAGAACAGUACGAGGCCGAGUAUCAGUGCAUCGCCUCCAAUGAGUAUGGAUCUGCAUACUCCAACAAAAUCAGACUACGACUAUACAGAGCUCCUGUGUGGCCGAGGGACAUUCUGGAGCCAUUGACGGUCAGCGCUGGCUUGCCUCUGGUCCUGUCCUGUGACCCGCCACCAGGCCCGCCCAAACCUGUAACCUACUGGAUGUCCAGCUGCUCGUAUGCGAGACCAUUCAACUGGCCCAUCCAGACGGCUACCCCCACCAUGCAGCCCGUGCGGCCGGACCGCAGGAUAUCCAUGGGAGUUAACGGAGAUCUAUACUUCUCGAACAUCCUGUUCAACGACUCUGCUGUUGAUUACUGCUGUAAUGCACGCUUCCCAUACAAAAAUGUCAUCCAGCAGAAGAUGCCCGUUGUUGUUAAAGUUAUUACCAUUCGUACAGUGGCCGAGGCUGCCCCCACCUGGCUGUCUCCCACCGGCUCUUCCAGCUCCAUACUGGUCCUACAAGGGGAAGAACUGCUCCUGGAGUGUAUCGCUGCAGGAGUGCCAACUCCUUAUAUUACGUGGACCAAGAAUGGUGACGACCUGGCAGUGACGCCACGAACGAGAGUAAAAAACUUCAACAAGAUGAUUCAAAUCCCAAAGGCCUCUUUUGAUGAUGUGGGUGAAUAUGGCUGCACUGCCACCAAUAAGCUUGGAUACAUAGAGCACACAAUAACCGUCAGGGUCAAAGCCGCUCCUUUCUGGCUGGAAAAGCCCACUGAUUUGGUCUUGGCUCCGGAGGAAAAUGGACGCCUGGUGUGUCGUACUGAUGGCGCUCCUCGUCCCACUGUUAGUUGGUUCAUCAACGGGGAACCCAUUGAAACUGCUACACCGCUGGCUAACAGACAGGUCUCAGGAGACACACUGAAUUUACGCAGUGUGACCGCUGAAAACACUGCGGUCUACCAGUGCAACGCUUCCAAUCAGUUUGGCUACUUAAUGGCCAACGCUUUUGUUAACGUGUUACAUGCAACGCCACGUAUUCUCGGGGCCAAGAGUGACCUCAUCAAGGUGAUAGAGGGAAGACGUACCCUCUUAGACUGCCGCUACUUUGGCUCUCCAGUGCCUGAAUUGCGAUGGUCCAAAUAUGGACAGGGGACUAUUGAAGGAAAUCGUUUUAGGACGCUUGGUAACGGGACUCUGGAGAUCAAAAGCACACAGGUAGAGGAUCAGGGAACCUACGUGUGUAUAGCCAGCAACGUGGCAGGAAGAGAUGAGAGCCAAGUCCGAAUAGAGGUCAAAGAGCCCACUCUAAUUGUUAAAAGACCACAAAAUAUGAAAGUCAUGCGAGGAACAGAUGUGCGCUUUGAGUGUGAGGUAAAAUCAGAUCUCACUACUCCUGUCACAACCACCUGGAUGAAAGACAAAAGACAGGUCACUCUUGGCUGGAGACUCUCUCUGGAUGAAUCGAAUCUGAUCAUUACUAAUUUAAUCAGAGGCGACGAGGGCAAUUACACUUGUGUCAUCAAGAGUGAACUGGAACAGAAGUCUGCCUCAGCACGCCUAAUGGUGAUGGACCGUCCAGAUCCUCCCACUAAUUUGGAGCUGUCAGAUCCAUACGAGCGCACUGUAAGACUCAGUUGGACCCCUGGAGACAGCAACCACAACCCUAUAACAGAGUACUUAGUGCAGUUUGAUGAUGAUGACUGGUUGCCUGGCAAGUGGAGAAACCUCUCGACGUACCCAGGGAACCUCAACUCUGUCAUUCUCCACCUCACCCCGUUCACCUACUACGAGUUUCGGCUUGUCGCUAUCAAUGAAGUCGGAAUGAGUCGCCCUAGUCGUCCAUCUACGCGCUUCCAGAGCAGCGGUGCACCUCCAGAUAUAGUCCCAAAGAACGUGAAGGGUGUGGGUACAUGGAGGAAUAACAUGGAGAUCAGCUGGGAGUCUCUGAGCUACAGAGAUUGGAACGGGCCCCACCUGAAGUAUCUCGUGUGGUGGAGAAGGAGAGAUUCCCGAGAGGAGUGGAAGAAUGCCACCACUAAAUGGGUGAGGUACUACAUCUACGAUGCAGAUACCUUCACUCCUUACGAGAUCAAAGUGCAGGCUGUCAACGACUUCGGCCUGGGUCCAGAGUCUCCUGUUGUCACUGGUUACUCUGGGGAAGACCGUCCCUUAACGGCACCCCUGAACCUGAGACUGUCUGACAUCGAGAGCACUCAGGUGACUUUGCACUGGGACUCUGUGACACGCGGCGAUAUGCAGGGAGAACUGAAAGAAUACAAGGCUUACUUCUGGAGGGACAGCAGCCAGCUGAGGUGGCAGAGAGUCAACAGAGGGAUGAAGUCUAGAUCUUUUUUAGUGAAUGAUCCGGAGCCGUCGGGGGUCCUAACUGGACUCAUCCCCUAUAGCAACUACAAGCUGUAUAUAGUGGUGGCCAACAAUCGAUAUGAAGGGCCGCCCAGUAAUAACAUACACUUCUCAACGCCGGAAGGAGUACCAUCCACUCCCACAUCCUUUAGGAUCCAACAGCGACAUCUUGACAGUAUUUAUGUCGACUGGGACCUGCCAGCCGAACCCAACGGUAUCAUAACUGGAUAUUUACUCAAGUAUCAGACAGUGAAUGCUUCCAGGGGAGAGGAGGAGCGGGUUGAAGAGUUCACUCCAAAUAUAACAAGUUUCUCACUCAGGCGAUACGACCGCUACACCCGAUACAGAUUCUCCGUGGCCGCACAAACUCGGCUCGGGAUAGGGGACUGGCAUACGGAGGAGUCACUGCAUUACACCACAGAAAUAUAUGCACAGGAUCAGGUGGACAUCACCACUCAGGGCUGGUUCAUCGGGAUAAUGUGUGCUGUGGCUCUCAUCGUGCUCAUCCUACUCAUCGUCUGCUUCAUCAAAAGGAGCCGAGGGGGGAAAUACCCAGUACGGGAAAAGAAAGACAUUUCAUUAGAACCAGUGGAUGACAAAGAUCAGGAGGGAUCGUUUGACUACAGGUCUCUUGAAAGGAUAGCACGUAUCUCCACUCUUCCUUACCCCCGACGAGAGGAGGAAAGAGGGCUUCAAAGAGGCCAGCCGUCUAUAGAAGCGAUAAUGAAGCGAUCAGACAGUGAUGACAGUCUGGUGGAGUACGGCGACGGAGGCGAGAUACAGUUCGACGAGGACGGCUCUUUCAUCGGCCAGUACACAGGAACCAGGAGGGAUGUCAGGGAGUUGGACUUUGGAGCAAGUCUGGAGCUCCACUCUCCGAUGAAUACCAUCUACUCCCUGGCGUAAAACUCAAAGUCAAACUACCUUUCUCUUUUUCAGAAGACUUUGCCGUGUUUGUACCAGCCACCUUUAAUUUAAACUUUGGGGUGCUUGUUGUUUGCCUGCAGGAGGGAACAGCUGGAGCCUGAGGUGCUGUAACCCUCAGACAGAGCAACUUUCAUGCAUUUAAAAAACGAAAAUGGUGGAAUAUUUGGGACAAAACUAGAGAUGAGAUCCUUAUUCAUCUGAUGGAACGCAAGCUAUAUGUUUUGUGAUUCAUUUCUUGUAAAUACAACAGCUGUGUGUUGUGUGCGUACGCAUGAGUUCAUGUUCAGUUAUCCUCACAAUGGAGAAACACUGGCUGCAUAUCAGACGAGACAGAAGUGGAUCAAUUUAUCAUGUUGAUAAAAGACGUUGCAGAGACCAACUUAACUAUCUGUAUUGCAUAUUUUUUCUUUGAGCUAAUUUCAAUAAUGACAUUUGUGUGUUUGAAAUAGGGGCAGCAAACCAUAUUUUAACAAUCACAGGAGCCACAAUAUACUCUGGAUUUGGAUUGCAUACUUAUCAGGAAUCAGCAAACAGCCAUAAACCAGCGCUAAAAUCAGCAGUUGCUCUUGUUCCUCUUUGUACCUGCUUUGAACUCUAAAUCAUAAUUUUUGAUGUCACGAUUUAGUUUAUUUGACCCCUAACAUCAUCUAUGUAUUACUACAGUUAUGUCCUAUAUGUAAAUAAAGUGGAACAUAUUUAUUUCUACCAUGUUUGAUAUGACUCCUGAUGCUAAAUCCAGCUACUCUAUAAUAAACCUGAUAAUUGGGAGGGAUGA